AUGAAUGAGUGCCCUUCACAGGGGCCACUUGCGCCAGGUUUCCAGCCAGUGCUGUUGCUGCUGCACCAUCUCCAGCCUCCCCUAGAGUGGAGACGCGCGGUUUCAGUCUUGCAGGCAGCCGUGAGCUACUCGGAGGAGGGACACACGAAAGUCUUGGGAAGCUCCGAGGAAAGGUGGCACCCUGGUGGAGCCUCAGUGAGCUCCUUGAGUGCCCCCAAGCUAAAACAAAUUUUAAGGGAUGUACAGAACGCUAUUUAUGAGGGUUACCUGGAGAGGAUGGCUCUAGUGCAGCAGGGUGCGCUACAUCCCCGAGGUUUGGGGGUUUUCAUGGAGGCUCAAGACGAAGGCUACCAGACCGUGGCAACGCCAAUUCACCAGAAGCAGCUGCUGCACCAGCAUCAGCAGGAGACUUUGCCGCCCCCAGGCAAGCCGUCAGCCCGAACUUUCCAGAACGUCGAGAGGCUGUUUUCUGCAGUGCCAGCAGCAGCAACGGUUCCAUUUUUCAGGAGAGCCCUUCCGCUACUAGUAAAAGCGGUCCUUAUGGCUGAGCAGAUCUUCCCUAGGUGUAGGCACAUCUUGCGAGGAAGAACAGCAACAGGAGCUACAGCAGCAGCAUCAACAACAGCAUCAAAUGCAAAGACAGAAAGUGGUAGGUUGCAAGCGUGCACUUGUGGGUCCUGCCGGCUCCGGCUGCAGCUCUACAAACACUGCAGCAGCGGGGUCUGCUCCGUUAGUACCGGCAGCAAGGGCAGCGUUACAAGUGGGUUGCAUGUGACCAGCUGCCCAGCAGAGAUUAGCGCUGCCGAAGGUUGGGUGCUGUUCGGUCUGGGCCUUUUUGGUUUACUGCCGCCCCCAGAAUGGCAAAAGGCUGCCACGGGGCUGUCAAACCUAGGAGAUAUAUCUUUUGUCGAUUUCUUUGAUUUCGCAGCACCAAGCCAGGCCGCCAAACUCCACUGCUUUAUCAGAGACACCCGAAGCCAGCAAGAAGUCCGUCAGCUUUCUCUGCUGCUAGAAGAAGAGACGUGCAGCCUACUUCCCACGCAGGCUACUGCGGCUUCUAGUGCGGACGAGAGUCCCAGUGCUUCUACUGGCACUGCACAUGCUCCAGCUGCUGGUGAAGCUGCUGCCACACCAAUAUGCAACUAUUCACUGAUGCCGAAACCGCCUGACGUGGGUAUGAACACCAGCGAGAGCGGCGGCGUCAAGGGCGCAGCGGCGACAUGCAGUGGCCUGUUUUUGGGUCGCUCCUGCUACGUCCCCCGUGGGCCUGCUACUGGCCAGUGGCCCGUGAGUCACCCUUGCUGCUUCGUGUUACGGUGUAUCCGAAUAUCCCGGGCCCAGGCGGAGCCCUGUAGUAUCAGCUCAGAGGCUUUGGCGUUGCAAGAGGGACGACUGCUGCAACCGCAGCUGUUUCUUCACGCAGAAGACGGGGGGGGCAUCCCGACUAGUGAAUCGCUCGACAUCAGAGCGGAUUUUGCAAACAAAGUGGUUGGCGGGGGAAUUUUGUACCAAGGGUGUCUGCAGGAGGAAGUUCUCUUUGCUGUGUAUCCCGAGCUACUACUGUUGCGCCCUCUGUCGCAGCAUCUCUUUCCAGGGGAGGCAGCACACGUUUGCGGCUGCCUCCGCUUCUCUAGGUACCAGGGGUAUGCGAACACCUUCAGGUGUAUGCUUAAUGCAAAUCCAGACGGGAACAACACAGCCAAAGGCAGCAGAACUUCUUCACAAUCAGCUCAGCAGGGGCAGCUGCAGCAGCAGGCAGAUAUUGGCUCUGACAGCCAUCAUCAAAGCCAACACCAGCAGCCGCAGGAGCAGUGGCGAGAAGAGCUGAAGAAGCCUGGUCUGAAAAGUCGCCUGCUUCUAUCUCUAAAUUCCGAUGAUGAAGCAGAAAGCACUACCAAAGACUACGCAAAAAUGACGGAGAGCAGCAGCAACAGCUGCUGGAGAGGCUGGAAAGGGGUAGAGGGGGUAGAGGCCGUCGACAGCACCCCUAUCCGCUUGCAGUGGCUACCUGUGCCACAUUUUACUAGCGACCCGCACCAGCAGAAGAAUACGACACAGCAUAGGACAAGGGCUGACACGGUAACUGAAGCAGCAGCACAAGAGCCAGGUCCCCUGAGUCCGCUGCUUCGCUUGGAGAUAGCCUCCAUCGUGGCUGCAUAUGAUGCAAGACGCUUUGGAUCCUCUGGGGCUGCUCGAAGUGCAGCAGCAGCAGCCGCAGCCGCAGCGGAGGUUUUGGGGCUUGAGUUACCGUCUCACAGUCGGCACGCAACAGCACGGGAAGUACUGCACUCUUCGUUUCAGUUUUCCGUACCUCUCAUGAUGCGCGAAGUACAGAAAGUAUCCGCUGCUCUUCAUCUGCCAUACGAACCAGACCUGCCGCACGCAGCAGCGGCGACCAUCACUGCAGCAGAUACAGCUUACGGUGCAACAACAGCUGCGGCACAAGCUCCAGCAACGGAUAAGAAAUCGGGUCUAAGACCACUUACAACAGGCAACUGGGGCUGUGGCUUUUUUGGUGGGGAUGCUCAGCUGAAGUUCUUGCUGCAGUGGCUAGCCUGCAGCUUAUGUGGUCGUCGCAUGCGUUACUUUGUUUGGGGCUUGGCUGAACUGAUGCAGGAUGGUUUGUUGCAACAGGUUGUUGCUGCUCUUACUGAGAGGUCCAGCUGGAGCUGCGGAGGACUCUGGAGGGUUUUAAUUGAGGGGUCGCUCGGGUCGUCUCCUAUUCGGCAAAUGGGCACCUUCAAGUAUGUCUUGUGGCGAUCCGCGCAAGCCUCGGACUCGUUGCCCACUCAACUCCGUUCAGCCCAGAACCCCAACACCAGGAGCAGCAACAGCAGCAUCAAUACCAGCAGCAGUAGCAUCGCCGGCACGAGCAGUAACAGCACAAGCAGUUGCAGCAGCGGCAGCGUAAGCAAGAAACGCGAGGGCACUGUGGAAGCGGAGCCGGCUACUUCUAGCUCGGCGAAAAAGACGAAGGUAGAAGAAGCGAAUGACUGA